UGCUUCUGCUGUAUCAGUCAGCUAAGAGGCUAAGAGAAUGGAGGCACAAUUUACAGCAAUUUUCCAGAGUGGUACUAAGUUAGCACUCAUCUCAUAUGAAGUGUGCUCUGGUGUGAAUUACUGAUUUGUUCCCAGUGUCAUGACUACUGCUGGUAAAAUGCCAUUUCUAUGCAUGGAUUGCACCAAGAUUUUCUUUCUUCCAACCGGCUUUUUAAAAUUAUUUUGGACUGCAAUGACAUGACAAAAAGAACUGACGGCUUCUAGCAGGAACAAGUGGGUGGAGUCAGUGCUGUACUGUCCACCUCUCCCCAGCACUGCAGCACACGCCCCCAAAGAACCGGUUGUUGGAAGAUGCAGCCUCUGAACUGCUAAGGCCAGGAUGUGGUGUAAAUAGGCUCAGAAAUUCACCACUGGACUUUUAUUUGACUUUUUACCCCAAACAUGAACAGGCAGGUGAACCAUAGAUAUUAUGCAUGACUGCUCUAAAGCAGGAAUACAGUGACAGUCACCACUAACACAAAGUCCAGAGGGAGGUCUACAAUAAAAUGGAAAUGACCCACAAGGAGGACAAUAAAAUGAUCAUCCAGAAGCCGAUGGAUGUAGUGGACAGAGAGAUAAGAAAUGUAGACCAAUGGUAUGUUAUACAAUGUUCUGAAAGGGGGCAAGGACACCCAUGUCAUGCUCACCUGGACUGAAAGCUGGCAUAGAGAUGUCCUGGACCUUGACAGUGGCAUCUGGGACAUCUAAAUACCACUCCUGAACCAAUACACACCAGAUAUGAUAUAGGAUACAGUUUCCAGGACAAUAUCCCCAGCACAGGCCUGACCAUGACCAGGGUUCAAACUAGACACCAACCAGAGAUAUAAACAAACAUACAGAUACACAAAUUCUAUCUGUUUGCUUCACAAAUGAUUGCAACAGGGAAUGUACUGCCAUUGAGGCAUGAGAAUGAGUGUGGGCACACAUGUAAUUAACUAACUACAGAGUGUACAUUAAUGAAGCAGAGUUGUAAAUUAAUUCAAAUUGGCUGGCAGGAAAUGGUUUUCCUUUUUGAUUUCUCAAAUGCCUAAAAAGUAAUAUAUGAGAUUAUAUAUUGGACUAUAGACUAUCAAUGAUCAUCACAGUCAUGCGCAUUGUCCCCAAAUAUUUUAGAAAAAACUGAUGCAUUAUAUGGUCGAAAGGUCACCUCAUUUAUAAAAAAGAAAAAAGAAGAGCUUUCCUGUUUUCCGAAACAGUAAUAACACACAGUAACGUCAAGUAGCAAGCUACCGAUUAAAAUGUACAACCAGAUUAUCACCAUGUAUCAAAGAAUGGUUGCGAAUCGCAUGCAUGCAGCCAAACUCUUUCGGCAACUCUGUUACUCUGUGCCACUUGUUCGUCUUCGAAUGAAAACUUCACGUUAAAUUGUCUUCCGCAUUAUGCGAGGACACACAUGUAGUGCAGGAAGAACUUUAUCGGCACCAUUGGGGAACUCCACCCAUGAACCAGUCUUUACAGUACUUCAUAGAAGAAGCAUCGAAUAUGAUAAUAUUGGAGAGUGAAAGCAAAUAAGUUUGAUUAUGAUUGUUAGCCAACAUUUGCGUCGUUGAACUGGCUACGGUGCAUGAAAUAAGACAGAAUGCGAGACAGGCUGAGUGAUCUGCGGGCCGUGGCCCAGGCCUCCGCUGGAGAGAAUGAAGUCAGUGCAGGCGAUGAGGACGAUGGUGAAUUCCAGCAGCAGCUGGUUUUCCAGGGCGAGGGAAUCAUGGACGAUGUGUACCGGCAGGCACAAGUCAUGCGGAAGGAGAUCGUCCUCCUGAAGAUUGAUAUCAAGCGGCUGGGCAAGCAGAACACACGCUUCAUCACCUCUGUCCGCCGCAUCAGCAGCAUCAAGCGCGACUCCAAUGCCAUCGCCCGCGACAUCAAGACCAGGGGGGAGGGCAUCCACAAGCGGCUACAGACGUUGGGGGCCCUGAACAAGGAACUGGAAGAUGACCAAGGCCCCAGCACAGCCCUGGUACGCAUGGUCCGCUCCCAGUUCGUGUCGCUCACCCGUGCCUUCCACGAUGCCAUGAGUGACUACAACCAGGCCGAAGAGGUCCAGCGCGAGAACUGCAAGAACCGGAUCCAGAGGCAAGUGGGCAUUAUGGGCCGGGAGGUAACAGGCGAGCAAAUCGAAGAAAUGAUAGAGACGGGCAAGUGGAACGUCUUUUCUGAGAACUUGCUGACCGAUGGGAGGACGGCACGCUCCGCACUUACCGAGAUCGAGAACCGCCACAAAGAGAUCCUGGACCUGGAGAGCCGAAUCAGGGACAUCCAUGACCUGUUCCUGCAGUUGGCCAUACUGGUAGAGGAGCAGGGCAGCAUGCUGGAGAACAUUGAGGCCAACGUCUCCUCCACCCAAGACUACGUGAUGGAGGCCUCAACGCAGAUCAAGCAGGCUGUAAAAUACAAGAAGAAUAAUCCCUGCAAAAAGCUUUUCUGCUGCUGUUGCCCCUGCUGCAAGUAGCAACAAAACAUUAUCAGACACACUUUUAUUCUUAGUCAUGCUCCUUUUCUGUGCAUCUGAAAUCUUAUAUACAGUGAUUUCAAAUUUCAUUGUUUUGACCACCUGUUGCAUGUUCAUUUGAAUGACCAACAAAAUUGUACUGAUGGUUACUGAAAUACAGUACAAAGCUUGAGCCGAGGCUUCUCACAAGCCUCAGAAAAACCUGAUGAUGCUUGACAGACAAUAGAUAAAUGAGAGUUUCACUUGGCUUCAUGUGUAGAGGAUGGUGUGAGGGAUAAGGUCUUGUGACUUGGUGUCAAACCACAUGUGAUUCUAUUAAAUAUAUUCAAAUAUACUUGAAGCAGUGAGCUAUAUCCUUCACAUUUGAAUAUUAGCAGUAAUGUUUAGCUGGUUUAGUCAUUUUGUGCUUUGUGCACUGUGAAAGUACCAUUGUAUAUAGCUGUUGUUUUGAAACACUCUGUGGUGGUACAUGCUUUGUGGAUAUGUUUAUGCAGUAGUACAUUUGUUACUGGUGUUACGUUGUUUGAUUAACAGAAGCAAUGUAUUUUGUAGUAGGAAUUGUAGAUAGUGUUGCGACAUUGUCCAACUUGAAAAAGUCUGGUUAUCUCUAUUGUGAAACAGAGUUUCAGUGCUUAAUUGCCCCACUGCUAUUUCCUUUCUUAAAGGCUGUAGUGGAAGAGGAACUAAACCAUCACCACUUUAACCACAGGCUCAGGCCUGUAGUGAUGCACAGCUGCAAUGUGAGAAGCUUCAUUUCCCAUUUCAGAUUCCAAACAGUAUGACUGGGUAAUGUUUGCUACAUCUUAUAAUAUUUUUAUUUUGGUACCCAGUAUCUUUUGUAUGCCAAUACAGGACAAUAUAGAGGGAACUGUAAACUUUAACAGAAUCUGUUUUGUAUUGAUGAGAAAGUCUGUGUAAAUAAACUAUAAUGAAAUAUACUGUA